AGGAUGUUCAACGCAGGAGUGACCGAGGGACAAUCAACCACGAGGCCACCUUUGUUCGAUGGAACAAACUACUCGUAUUGGAAGGAGAGGAUGAGAAUCUUUAUCCAAUCCAACGACUACAAGCUAUGGUUGAUUGUGAAGAACGCCUGCGGAGUCCCGAUGAAGAAAGUCGGUGAAGUCAACGUUCCCAAAACCGAAGAGGAGUUCACCGACGAAGAUUGCAAAAAGAUGGAGCUCAACGCAAAGGCAAUAAACAUGAUUUAUUGCGGUGUUAAUGCGGAUGACUACCGCAAAAUUUUGCGGUGUGAAACCGCAAAACAAAUGUGGGAGAAAUUGGAGGUCACCUACGAAGGAACCGCGCAGGUUCGGGAGGCCAAAAUCGACCAUCUUACUCACGAGUACGAACUCUUCUCAAUGAAGGAAAAUGAGAAGAUUGAGGAAAUGUUUGAGAGGUUCUCUAACAUCAUUAAUCCUCUCAAUCUUCUUGGGAAGACCUACACCGACCGAGAGCUCGUGAGAAAGGUGCUGCGAAGCCUAUCCCCCAAAUGGCGUUCAAAGGUGGACGCAAUCGAAGAAGGUCGUGACUUCCAAACAACGACCUAUGAUGCUCUUCGAG